CGCCCGCCGCAGCUCCCGCCGCUGAAUUUGCUCCGGUCCCUUAAUUGUUUCGCUCUCACCGAGAACUUUGUUUACAGUCCCUUGUGCGGCGAGCUGCAACCCCUCUUAUGCUGCCUGCGGGCUGGUGGCCGCCGCAGUCCCGCCCGGCGGCCAGGAGGGAACUUCCAUGCUAAAUAUCAGCACCUCCAGCUCAUCACUCAGCAAUAUCUGACGCUUCAAAGACUCAAGCAGCUCUGUCUGCCUUGAAUUGUCACACAAGACAUCUUCAGCACUCUUUGACCAUGGAUUUCUCCUGGAUCUGCGCAGCACGAGCUCAGCAGAGCCUGCUCUAGCCUAAGAACGGGCCGAGUCAAGACAGUCAAGAUGACAAACGAGCCUAUCAAAGAGAUCCUGGGCACCCCAAAGCUCCCUGAUUCCGUACCCCCAGAGAAGAGCAACAACAAUGACUGUGUGAUAACCACCAUUCCUCUGGUCAGCGAGUGCCAGCUGACGGCAGCCACGGGGGGAGCCGAGCUCUCCUGCUACCGCUGCACCAUUCCCUUCGGCGUGGUCAUCCUCAUCGCCGGCACCGUGGUCACCGCCGUCGCCUACAUCUUCAACUCCCAUGGCUCCAUCAUCUCCGUCUUUGGCCUGGUCCUCUUGUCCUCGGGACUCGUUCUGCUGGCUUCCAGCGCCGUGUGCUGGAAGAUCAGGCAGCACAAGAAGAAGGCAAAGAGGCGGGAGAGCCAGACGGCGCUCGUGGCGAACCAGCGAACCUUGUUUGGCUAAAGGCGGCCAGGAGAAGGCUGGGCAGAAGGCAGAACCUUUGUAAGUCAACUUGGCUAUUUAUCAGUAGGAGAGAUUGCAGGUUUUAAUUUAACUGUGGAAACGAACUGAAAUGAAAAUGGAACGGAUUGAGAAAUACUUGUAACAACUCUGCAAAUGCUCUCAAUAUAUUUCUUACUGCAGACUUGGUAGUGAUUCUUUUCAAGACAGAGAAAAACCUAUUUUUCCUUCACAGAAAACUGUGUCACAUAACUGCAGCCAUCCUAACUGCAUUCUCCAACAUGCUGAUCGUGUUGGAAAGGGAACGUGUGGGAACUGAGAAAAUAAUUUGAAUUGACUUGAAAUGCCAGAGGUCUCCUUAAAACACUGACAUUUGACCAAGGGAGAAGUCAUAGCAUUUGAAGUGACUACAAGCUUAUGGCCAGAGUAUCUGGGACUUAAACUGUAGCUGAAAAAAAAAAAAAAAAAGCAAUAAGAACACAUUGCAACUUUCUCAAUAAGCUGAUUCUUAUAUUUUAUGUAACUUCCCCCUCCCAAUACCUGUGGUACUUUCCCCCUUUUUUAAAACAACUAAUAUUGAUUUUGUUUCAGUAUUGAAUAGAAAUCAGUAGAAAUGUGUAAUUAUGUUGUUUAACCUAAAUAACAAGGUAUGAUCAUAGCUUAAAACAUGAGAAUUUUUGUAAAUUAAGUGGUCAGGUUUAGCACUUUUGAUUAUUUUGCUAUAAAAAUUAAAAAAUAAAUUUCAUUAAAAUAAUAUCCAGUGCUGCUGGACCUUUAGAAAAUAUUUCUUUAUUGCUAUCAAGAUAGCUUGUAUCUUCAAUUCUGACUGCUUUAUAUUUCUAUUUUUGUAGAACAACCCCUGUGACAAUAACUGUGAACACAUGUACUGCUGAUCUCUUACAGAAACUUCUGCAGCCUCUGGACUUUGGUUUGAUAGUCCAACCUUCUGCAGCUUGAUUAACAGCUCUGUUAUUGAAAAAUCAUAGCAGACAGUUCUGCAGACACUCACUGUCACAGUCAGUUUGAGACAUAACUAUUAAUAAUAACUUGUGGAAGCAAA